ACAACUGAUAUUGCAGAAGUAUUUUGUGGAAGACUACCAGGUUGUGUCUUGCCAGACACUAUAUCUUCAGUACUUAAAGAAGCACCAGUGUAAGUGUCUUGAACAACAACUGAUAUUGCAGAAGUAUUUUGUGGAAGACUACCAGGUUGUAUCUUGCCAGACACUAUAUCUUCAGUACUUCAAGAAGCACCAGUGUAAGUGUCUUGAACAACAACUGAUAUUGCAGAAGUAUUUUGUGGAAGACUACCAGGUUGUAUCUUGCCAGACACUAUAUCUUCAGUACUUCAAGAAGCACCAGUGUAAGUGUCUUGAACAACAACUGAUAUUGCAGAAGUAUUUUGUGGAAGACUACCAGGUUGUAUCUUGCCAGACACUAUAUCUUCAGUACUUCAAGAAGCAUCAGUGUAAGUGUCUUGAACAACAACUGAUAUUGCAGAAGUAUUUUGUGGAAGACUACCAGGUUGUGAUCUUGCCAGACACUAUAUCUUCAGUUACUUCAAGAAGCACCAGUGUAAGUGUCUUGAACAACAACUGAUAUUGCAGAAGUAUUUUGUGGAAGACUACCAGGUUGUAUCUUGCCAGACACUAUAUCUUCAAUACUUCAAGAAGCACCAGUGUAAGUGUCUUGAACAACAACUGAUAUUGCAGAAGUAUUUUGUGGAAGACUACCAGGUUGUGUCUUGCCAGACACUAUAUCUUCAAUACUUCAGGAAAGGCAACAUCUGUUUUUCUUUCGAAAUUUUAACUAGCUAAGUAUUACUAAUUAUACAAUUUUAUUUUUGAUAUUGGGAAUUCUAUCUAAAUAUGCAUGGUAGUUAAUAAAAAUAAACACAAGCUAGUAAUACUGUAAUUAAUAAUAUUCAGAAAAAACCUCUUUAAAAACAAGAUAAAAUUAAAAUAAAAAUUAUGUUGAGUGUAUCUGCAUUGUACUAGUUCAUAUAUUACUCUUUUAACACACAAAAAAAAAUAUGAUAGUGUUUUAAUACACAAUAUAAACUUUAUUAGUGUUCUUAAGUAGGGAAAGUUUUGUUUAAAUAAAUCUUAUCAUGAGAAUAUGUUCAUAAGGAAAACUGUGUUCAGUGUCCAAAAUAGUUGAAAAAAAUAUCUUGUAAAAGACGUGAGUACAGUAGUAAGAUUAACUAUACCACUGUUGCAUGACUAAAAUAUUUGAAAUUAAAUACCAUUGUUUAAAAGAUAUGGAAAAACAAAAAGAACAUAAAACAUAUCAGUGUUCUGAGUGUCUAAAAUGUUUUAGUGAAAAAAACAGUCUUGCAAGACAUAUGAGAAUACAUACAGGAGAUAAACCUUAUCAAUGUUCAGAGUGUCUGAAAUGUUUUAUAGAAAAAGGCCAUCUUGUGAAACAUAUGAGAGUACAUACAGGAGAUAAACCAUAUCAAUGUUCUGAGUGUUUGAAAUGUUUUAGUCAAAAAGGCAGUCUUGUGAAACAUCUGAGAGUACAUACAGGAGAUAAACCAUAUCAAUGUUCAGAGUGUCUGAAAUGUUUUAGUGAAAAAAGCAGUCUUGUGAAACAUAUGAGAGUACAUACAGGAGAUAAACCGUAUCAAUGUUUAGAGUGUCUGAAAUGCUUUGGUGAAAGAGGCAGUCUUGUUACACAUGUGAGAGUACAUACAGGAGAUAAACCAUAUCAAUGUUCAGAGUGUCUGAAAUGUUUUAGUGCAAAAAGCAGUCUUGUGAAACAUAUGAGAGUACAUACAGGAGAUAAACCAUAUCAGUGUUCAGAGUGUCUGAAAUGUUUUAGUGCAAAAAGCAGUCUUGUGACACAUAAGAGAGUACAUACAGGAGAUAAGCCAUAUCAAUGUUCAGAGUGUCUGAAAUGCUUUAGUGAAAAAGGCAAUCUUGUUAAACAUGUGAGAGUACAUACAGGAGAUAAACCAUAUAAAUGUUCAGAGUGUAUAAAAUGUUUUAGUGAAAAAAAGAAUCUUGUGAGACAUGUUAGAGUACAUACAGAAGAUAAACCAUAUCAAUGUUCAGAGUGUCUGAAAUGUUUUAGUGUAAGUAACAGCCUUGUGAGACAUAUGAGAGUACAUACAGGAGAUAAGCAAUAUGAAUGUUCAGAGUGUUUGAAAUGUUUUCGUGUAAGUAGCAGCCUUGUGAGACAUAUGAGAGUACAUACAGGAGAUAAACCAUAUCAAUGUUCAGAGUGUCUGAAAUGUUUUAGUGAAAAACACCAUCUUCUGAGACAUAUGAGAGUACACACAGUAGAUAAGCCAUAUCAAUGUUCAGUGUCUGAAAUGUUUUAGUGAAAAAGGCAGUCUUGUGAGACAUACACAAAUACAUUCAGGAGAUAAAACAUGUUAGUGUUGAAUGUUUCAGGAAUGUUUUAGUUAUAAACUCAUCAGAAUGUAUAAAAUGAAUGUACCAUAACAGUCUUGAGUGUGAAAUAUGUUACUAAUAAUAAUGAUAGUAAUAAUAAUAAUGUCUUUACUACAAGUACAUGUACAAGGUAUACAGGCCUAACUAACAUCAAUGACAUACUGCUAUAUAUAAAG